UUACUGUAGCUUUUCAUGCCUUUGAACAAAACCAAAAUAAAAACAGUGUGUCGCAACAAUUUUUCACUUGAGUUUCAAUAUUUUCAGUUUUGUGCAAAGAUUUAACGAAAAAAAUUGCAGUAGCCCUGCAGUAAAGUUUUAAAAUCUGAGUGCGGUCUGCCAAUGGCAGAUUCUACCACCGAUCAGCAGCAAGACGAACCUAACGGAUUGACAUUGUUCGACAUCGCCUGGGACGAUGUUCUGUUUGCCAAAGUGCUUCCCCUGCUGUCGCUGCGGGAUUUGUUCAACCUCCGGUGCUGUUCCCGGUUGAGCAAACACUUCGUGGAUAACGGCUUCCGGCGAAUGCGAGUGUUGAAUUUGUCCGGAAAUAACAAUCGAUACAUCGAACGGGGCUUCCAGGUUGUGUCCCGUAACUCCCGGAACAUCCGUACGGUUAACUUGGCCAAAUGCAGCUGGCUGCACGAUGGGCUUUUAUCGAGCUUUCUACAAUGCAACACCAAAAUUACACGGAUAAAUCUGAGCGAAUGCGCAAAUAUAACAUCCGCUUCACUGCAGCCGAUCAUUAUCGAGUGCAAGGAGCUGACUGUGCUGAAAUUGGCCCACUGUAAUUGGCUAACCAUUGGCGCAAUGGAAGCCUUAACACUGCAUCAUUCCAAAAUUCAGGAGCUGGAUAUCUCCCACUGUAAUUCACUGAACGAGCGGUGCAUUUCAGUGUUUCUUUUAAACUGUCGUCGACUUCACACACUUUCGUUGGCUUACCUGCCCAGUGUGACCGACAAUUUGCUGUACUCGAUUGCCAAAAAUAGCAAAGAAAUCCGGCAUUUAAACGUGAUUGGAUGCCAGAUGGUUACAGACCGGGGCAUAGGGGCGCUUUCUCUUUACUGCAAAAAAUUGGAGUCACUCAUGGUACGUGACUGUCCCUUCAUCACCGAGCGAAGUUUGUCCCUUCUACGGGGAAAAGUCUUCAUCGACAGGCCACGGAACUACCAGCAACAGCUGCACGUGGCACCAAACAUGGGAUUCCCGAGACUUUUUCUACAGGUAUAAAGGGCCACUAGUACACACCUCCAGGAUACAUGGUUAACUAAACAUAUUUAUAUGGGAACAUAAUGAUUAGGAAGAGAAAACCGAUGUCUAUAUAAUUAUCUCAAAACAGAAAUAUUUAUUGUAAUUAUAGUUCAUUGUAUUAUACUUUUUUGCUGAAGUAUAUCGUUAGAUUAUUAAAUUAUUCACAUUAAAAACUA